CAGAUCCCUUCCCUCAGUACCCCAAGCUAGGACUUUUAAUCUCCGCUUCUCUCUUCACAGCCUGGGACAAGACUUCCAUUCCUUCGUUUGUUGCUGGUAUUUUUUUUCCCCCUUGUGACGCGAGGGGCCGCCCCCCGCCUGGGGCGGAGGUUACUGGGAAGCUCCCGCCUUCCGACCCCUGCGGGCCCGCGGUUGAGAGGCACCCUCUUGGGGCUCUUUUGCCUUCACCCGGGCUCGUGCUCGCUUUGGGCGCUCGCCCCAAAUGCUCCUGGCGGAGAGGACGUGCUUUUUCUGGGUUUCAGCAGGCAUUGAGCGGAGUCCCUGGCGACCCCCUCGGGGUGGCGGGGGCGUGGGCCGCCGAGGCUGCCCCCGAGACGACCCCGGGGCUGCUGGCGGUUUCCGGGCUUCGCUUCGAGCUUCGCAUUUGAGUCUUCUCCGCUGCCCGGGAGCCCCGGGCUACGGGCUGGGAGUGAGCAAUCUAUAAAGGAGCAGGUACUUCCUGCUUUUUCUUGGCAGGCCUUCGAAAAAUCCCAAGUCCGGUCUUUAAAGUUUGUCCGUGCAGCCGCCUCUCGGUUGUUUACGGGAAGGAGCACAGGAUUUGGAGUCUGAUAUCCUGGGAGAAGUCUCAGUCCGACCACUUGGCUGGACCUGUGAUCUAUUGUACAGCAGUCUGUUUACGCCAGCCUCAGUUUCCUUGUCUGAAAAGUGGGGAUAAUGUUCUUUCCCCUGCUGCCUUCCAGGGUUGUGGGCUUCAGCAGAAGUGAUAUUCCUUCAAAAGCUUUGAACUCUAAAGCGUGUUUCGGGUAUAACCUUGCCAUCCCCCCGUCUCCAGUCUAGGUGAGGCUGCUGUCUGUCAGAAAGGAACUUUUAUACAGUUUGCCUUCAGAGACAGUCUAUCUGCAUGUUGUAGAGUUUUAUUAUUAAGAAAAUAAAUGUUACUUAUAUGAUUGUGUUGGUGCCAUGCAGCAAGAAGCAGAGAGAUGCAGAGUUCGAGCCAGAAGGCCUGACAUGGCACUUUAUGUACCUAAAGCUCGAAGGGGUGCAGUACUCCUUAGGACAGGUGAUGAAGAAGAAAGCUGUGGUUCACCUAACUCUGUGGUGAAAGAAAAGCAAAAAGAAAGCUCUCUCUCCCAAAAAGAAGUCUUUAGAGACAAACCAGAGGCUCGAAGACUAGGUAUCAAUCCUGAUAGAAAGGAGCAUAAUUGUAGAGAAGGAAAAAAAUCUUCAACAAAAUUAAGAAAGGACACAUGCCUUCAAAAAACAAAUAGAGUUUGUUCUAAGAGAGGAACCACUGAAUCCAAAGAAGUAUUAUCCCAAGGACAUCAGCAGGGAGCCCCAAAUGCUGGGGUUAUAACUAAUGCACCUUUACAGAGACAUUUUAAACCAAAGAAAGUGGAGUGUUUGGAAGUUGAAACUACAGAUGUGACAGGACAUGAGAGGAUACUUCUGUCACAGGCCUGUUCAGAAAUCAGUGAGGCUCAGGUUCCAAGCAAACCAUUCCAAAAUCUGGAAUUCUGUGACUUCAGUAGGCAUGAACCUGAUGGGGAAACAUUUGAACACAAAGAUUUGGAAGGCAGAAUUGAAACUAAUACCAAGGUUUUGGAGAUACUAUAUGAGUUUCCUAGAGUUUUUAGUUCUGUCAUGAAACCUGAGAAUAUGAUUGUACCAAUAAAACUAAGCUCUGAUUCUGAAAUUGUGCAACAAAGCAUGCAAACAUCAGGUGGAAUAUUGAAGCCCAGCAGCGGAGGCAUCACCACUACUUCUGUUCCUGGAAGUCCAGAUGGUGUCUUUGAUCAAACUUGCAUAGAUUUUGAAGCUGAGAAUGUAGGCGGUAUAGCCAAUAGUACAGGUUUCAUCUUAGAUCAAAAAGAUACAGAUUCCAUUCCUGAAACUAUGGGUCACAUCUCUCUGUCAGAGAGCACAAAUGACACUGUUAGUCCAGUGAUGAUUAGAGAAUGUGAGAAGAAUGACAUUACUGUUGAUGAGUUACAUGUAAAACACGAACCUCCUGAUACAGCUGUCCUUGCUCAUGAAACACAUAGAGGUAAUGGAUUUAAGAAUGUAGGUGACAUUACCAAUAAAGCAUGUAUGAUGGACACCACAGUUACGUCCUGUAGUGAUCAUGUAACUGUUGAUAGCUCUUAUGUAGUUGCAGUUAGUAUAGCUGAUGAGAUCUCUAAUAAUACACGAAGUUUCUCAAAGUUUAUAGGAAUGAGUGCAGAUGCAUUCCCUCUUCAUGUAGCUGGAAGUGGGAAUGACACUGAAAAUUUCAGCAACCUGACUGCUUGCUCAGGUAUUUAUGCUGAGAGUAUUUCAUCUUGUUUUACAGAGUCAACAGGAAAGUUGAUAGAGAGCUUGUCAGAUUGUGCUUCCUCCUUACCUAUAAAAAAGAUUGCUGGUAGUAAUUAUAACACUUUUUUGGACUCUGAACUCAGUAUGUUAAAUGGGACAAAAGUACUUUCAGACAGUGCCAUGGGCAUUGAUCUGGGUAGUGCUGGUGAUACAACAGAAGCAUCGCACGAACUAAGAACUGCCGAAGAGUUCAAAACAAAAGAGCAAGAUGACUCAGAGAAUGUAGAAUUUGGUGUAUCUUUUCCUGAUAGGGAAUCAUUAUCUGUGGAAACAUCCAUUGAACCAAAAGCAAAUGAAACUUCUCACACAGAGGGAAUUACUGCCACUGAGGAGAGCUGGGAGUCUAUGUUUAACGAUGAUGGUGACUGCCUGGAUCCACGUCUUCUACAAGAGUUAUCAGGGAAUACGAAGGGCAGAGAGAGCAUCCAGGAACCUAGAUUUGAUUACUACAACCAUGAAGUUCCUGAUAUUGACCUCAGUGAUUGUGAAUUCCCACAUGUCAUUGAAAUUUAUGACUUUCCCCAAGAAUUUCGUACUGAAGACCUUCUACGGGUUUUCUGCAGUUAUCAAAAGAAAGGAUUUGAUAUUAAAUGGGUGGAUGAUACACAUGCCCUAGGAGUAUUCUCCAGUCCAAUUACAGCUCGUGAUGCGUUGGGUAUUAAACACACCAUGGUGAAGAUUCGUCCCUUGUCACAGGCCACGAGAGCAGCCAAGGCCAAAGCUAGAGCUUAUGCUGAGUUCCUCCAGCCAGCAAAGGAGCGUCCUGAGACUUCAGCAGCCCUAGCCAGAAGGUUAGUCAUCAGUGCCCUUGGGGUUCGAAGUAAGCAGAGCAAAACCGAACGAGAAGCAGAGCUCAAGAAACUGCAAGAAGCCAGAGAGAGAAAGCGGUUGGAAGCCAAGCAACGAGAAGACAUCUGGGAAGGCAGAGACCAGUCUGCAGUUUGAACAUCACUCAAUGAAAGGGAUAAUUCCAUGAAUCAGAAAAUGUUUCCAUAGUCUUCAGAUAAGAGGAUCCUUCCAGAGCUCUGUGUACAUGCAGAUGUGCAUGUUAAAGAGAUAAAGUGAUUGAGACAAGGACUGACUGGGUAUAGAAGGAAGACAGACUCCUGUCUUUACUCCUAAAUGCAGUUCUUUGGAAUCACCCUACUAUGAUGGGCAUAGUAGGGAGCCAUCAACUAGGAAGAAACGUGGGAGAUGUGAAUUCCAGGAGUCCCCUGGACAGGGCAAGUCAUGUUAGUGUGGGUCACACUUCCAAGAUAUUUAAAGCAAAUGCAAAAUAGAGCAGAGGAUUCAAACCGCAAGAAUGGGAGAUUUAGGCCCUGCAAAGGCAGAGCAUUCCUUAGUACCUCACAAAACAGAAUAAUACUGGAGGCAGAGUAGGGGGUGGAUAGAGAGUGGUUAGUACAAAGAGACAGAACAAUGUCUGGUUUACUUGGCCUACACAGAAUCUACACUGCUGGUUCCAGAACUCCAAAGUUGGUGAACUAUAGGAGAUGUGGGUAGUUAGACUCCAAAGUUUAUACUGAGCUCAGUGCCUGGGACCGUUCCAGCUAUACUGCAGCCAGGGGGGAUGCCAGCUUCAUUCCUCAGAGUAAACCAACCUUGGGAGCUGUGUGCCAGUUCCAGUGUAAGCAGUAAUACCAUGUUGUAAGAGCGGACAUUAAAGCCCAUUUUAUGACAUAUCA